CCCAUAAUGAAACGAAGGCUGGACUUGCAGUUGACUUGUUGACAUUGACCCGCCUGAAUAAAAAUAAGCUGUGAGGUGCUUUUACAUUUAUUCUCUUAAGUAAAGCAGCUUGUUCGUGCCCUUCAUCGGAAGUCGUGAGAAUGGCCGGGAAUGUGAAAAGGUUUUACGACCUGACAGCCAAGCUGCUGUCCGGAGAAAUGUUCAGCUUCUCUGCGCUGAAGGGGAAAGUUGUUCUCAUUGAGAAUGUGGCGUCUCUCUGAGGAACAACCAUCAGGGACUACACUCAGAUGAACGAGCUCCACAGUCGUUACUCCGACAAGGGGCUCGUUAUCCUGGGUGUGCCCUGCAACCAGUUCGGACACCAGGAGAACGGCAAGAAUGAUGAAAUCCUGCAGUCUCUGAAGUACGUCCGUCCAGGGAAUGGCUUUGAGCCAAAGUUCCAUCUCCUGGAGAAGGUGGAUGUGAAUGGAAAGGAUGCCCAUCCCCUGUUUGUUUAUCUGAAGGAAAAGCUGCCAUUCCCCAGCGAUGAUGCCAUGGCUCUCAUGACUGAUCCAAAGUCCAUCAUUUGGAGUCCCGUCAGGAGAGACGACGUCUCCUGGAACUUUGAGAAAUUCCUAGUCGGUCCUGAUGGCGAGCCCUAUAAGCGCUAUAGCAGAUGCUUCCUCACUAUUGACAUUGAUGCCGAUAUUAAAGAGCUACUGAAGAAGGUCAAGUAACGCACGCUACAAUGCACUCUGGGUGGCUCCUGAGUUUAUCAGUUAUGACCAGCCUGGCCGAAAAAGAUUAAUCAGUAAAACGUCUGUUUGGGGUUUUUAUAUCAUGCUUUUCCACCUUCAGAGUUUAAGUCAGUUGCAACGCUCUUCAGUUUGUGGUAUUUCCACAGUUGUACACUGUGGUUGAUCAGCCUGUUUACUCAAUGAAGAUUCUCCUCGUAACCUUUUUGUGAGGGGAGUUUCUGAUGAAAAUGUAAAAUCUGACUAUACCACAGUGUGUGACACAUAUCACAAAUAUCUUCUUUGGCAUACAAGGAUAAAUAAACAUUUUACAUCAUUUAAA